AUGGAUCCGUUGCUGCAGGAGUCUGUCCUGGAGAAGGCAGGGAGCAUUGUACGGAAAGUGGGAUCUUUUCUGAAAAUGUCAAGUUACUAUGACAUUGAUGAUAUUCUUGUGGAGGAACAGGUUGAACCCGGUUCAAAGGUAGAGCUGCCUUACUGGCUUGCCCAUGAGUUACACCUCAGAAAAGUAGCAAAGAUGAAGGUUCCUGCAUGUUUCAAUCAAAGAACAAAACUGGAACUUGGGGCUGAUGGUGCAUCUGUGGAUUUAAGAUCUCGAUGUCUAUACUUCUAUGAAUUUGGAUGCAAGAUAGCACCGCUGGUUGGUGAUAGAGACGUGGGAUCAUUCCUAUUAUCUGCAUUUAGGACCAGGUAUCAGAAAAUCCUGGCAAAGGCACAUAACGCAUCAUUUACAGCAUAUUCAAAAUUGCUGUCGUACUUAACAAAAGAAGAAACCAAUCUGUAUGAGGCAGCUCAGUCGUCAAUGGCGGCCUAUAAGAAGUGGCGGAUAGGUGGCCCCCGAUUUGAGAGAGCUUCUGUACUUGGGAGGAAGAGGAAGGAAGCCAACUGA